GCGCGGCGACGACUCGUCUGUCUAGCUGAUAAAGUUUUACCGCGUGUAACAUUUUAUCGAUGUGACAGUGCAAAGUCAACCCGGUUUCUUGGACCUCGAUGUGAGUUAUGGAACAAGAAGAGAGCAAAAUCUCGGUGUGGGUAUGCCGGGAGGAGAAGCUGGUGUCCGGACUGUCCAGACGCACCACCUGCGCGGAUAUAGUGAAAGUGCUGAUGGAGGACCAGAACUUCCAGAAAGGCGCGAUGCUCACCGGUCCUCCACAGUCGUACUGUAUCGUGGAGAAAUGGAGGGGUUUUGAGCGGAUUCUGCCGAAUAAAACCAAAAUCCUGCGGCUGUGGAGCGCCUGGGGCGACGAGCAGGAGAACGUGCGCUUCGUCCUGGUCAGGAGCGACGCAUCGCUGCCCAACAGCGGACCGAGGAGCGCCGAGGCGCGGGUCGUGCUCAGCAAAGAGAGCCCUUGCACUACCAGAGCCACCAUGCAGAUUACACAGGAAAAACAGCGGAGGAUUGUGCGGAAGGCUUUUAGAAAGUUGGACAAAAUUAAUCGGAAGAGAGAGGAGACUUCAAAAGACAAACCAUCUGCGGAGAAAAUGGAAACGCUCGUCCAUCUAAUUAUUUCGCAGGAUCAUACUAUCCGACAGCAGAUACAGCGAAUAAAAGAGCUGGAUGGUGAAAUCGAGAGGUAUGAAUCGAAAGUUCACUUUGACAGAAUGAAAAUACACGGCGUAAACUAUGUGCAAGACACUUAUUUGCUCGACCAAGGCUUGGAUAGCGAUUCCAGCGCGCAUCCGGACGCGUCCUUUGCGCAGUUUGAGGAAUACGCGUCACGCUGCGACCAAGUCAUUCAACUUCAGGAGGAACUGGCCGAGAGGGAGGCUCUGAUGGAGAUACUUACAGGUGAAAUACAAGAAGAACUCAACCACAGGUGGAUGAGACGGCGACAGGAGGAGCUUUCCAACAAAGACGCGGAGAGCAGUGGAGAAGAAACGGCUCUCAAGGUGACUUCGGUCCCAGUUGUGCCGGACCUCCUAACAGACAAUGAACUCCAAUUAGAGGAGGAGAGGAUCAAAACACAACUGGAUACGAGUUUAUACAUCGGGCUGCGCUUGAACACCGAUCUGGAGACGGUGAAGAGCGACUUGGAUAUGAGUCAGGAGCUUUUGGACGCGAAAGAAAAGGAGUUGAGGGAAUUACUCGAAAAGGUUCACAGAUUAGACGAGUUGGAAGAGAAACAGGCGGAAGACAGCAAAGAUGAGGGAGAAACCGAACAACUGCCUUCCGUAGACAAUGUUUGGGUAGAGCAGGCGAGGGGACUGUCCAAAACCUGCACCAAUGAUGAUGAUUCGGACACCGGAUUGAGUUCAAUGCACAGCCAGGACUCGGAUAACGCACCUGUUUGCGAGUCACUUGUGUGACAAGACGAUUUAGAAUCAUUCAAUACGGCGCGAACUCAGGGAACAUUUCGCCUCUUGUUGAUUUCACGAAUGUUCUCUCUUUAUAAGAGAGGAACGCAUGUAAAUUAUACCAGUCUAGUGUUAUGAUCGCCGCACUUAUCCACAUGGAGAAUAGCUUGUAAGGUGCAGCUUACCAAAUUAUAACUAAUUAACCAAUGCAUAGACCGAGAUGUCCACUGUGUGCUGACUAAUGUUGCAAUACCAACAGUAUGUAUUUGUUUUCCGUUGCCUUAUGUGUAAAAGCUAGCAUUAGAGUUUUGUGGGUUUUUAGUUCUUCCCAAAUGUUAUGUAAUGUAUUCAAAAUUUACAUUGUUUCUCUUCUGGAAAAAAAAAACAACAACUAAUGACUCAUCGUGCACUACACUGAUUUUUAUCUAAUCAGAUGUUCUCUAGAAAUAAGCAAAUAAAACAUCAUAGGAAUUCGUAGUUGAUGCAUUUGAAGUCUAUUGGCUUUUUAAAAAUAAAAUCAUUAGCCUUUCAAUAUGCCCCACCCACACUUCCUUUUCAACAGGAAGAACGCUGACCAGUGCAGCUGUAGCUAUGGUACAAACAUGAACCAUGAUUUGCUAGUCAGUUGCAGGUGGUGUUAUGGGGCGGGGCAUUCUGACUCUAUAGAGCAUCUAAUUGGACAAAAAUCUGUGUAGUGCGGGAUGAGUCAUCAGUAUUUUUGGUCAGUUUUACCAGAAGAAAAUUAUUCAAAAACUUUUUUUUUUCUCAACGUUUAGCAUAUAGAAUUCCUAGAAUUAAUGCACAUGGACUAAAAACCACAAAACUCUAAUUUUGAUUUAAUGGGGUCUUGAGAAUUAUUUAUUGUACAACAUUUAGGCAGAUCAAAUAUCUGCAUUGAGCAACUAUGUGCUAAUCCCUUCCAUGUUCACCAGCUGACUAAUUAGAACAAUUCGCUAACAGCUUUUACUCAAGAAAUCAAUUUGCAUAACCAGAAAACAUCCUGUGCUGUGGGAACUGAUGUUGUGGGAAUCAAAAGGUGCAUGCGCCGCGCUGCUGUUUAUUCAUACUUCUGAGGAGCUGAUGCGUGAAUCCCUGUUUGCUCACAGUAAAGAGAAAGACUGAAGCAAUUUCAACGAGACAGCUCCAAUUAAACGAAAUGUACAGUCUUCUAGACAUACUGGAAUUUGCUGUCAUUUCUGCUUUUUUUUCUUAGUCACGAGGGACCUUUUAGGAUCAAAUGUCAUUGACUAAUCUUAUACAGUACAUAUGAUUUCUCUAUUGCAACUCUAUA